CGGCACAAUUAUUUUCCUUGUGAGCAGCUCCGGUAGGCACAUAAUACCACGUUUGGAGACGAAUGUGUUGUGAAGUCAACUUUAUUGGAAGUACGACUGUAAACUAUGGUACUAAAGUGUCAGAGGAGGAUUGUAUCACUUUACAUCACCAAUUGUGCACACACGUGACCAACUUUUCUCACCUACCCUCCACAAGAACUUCGAAACUUUAACAAUCACUAUAUCCACCUGCAACUCUGAAUUUCUCCAAACUGAAGAAAUUUUCCUUGUGAAACAUCUACAGAAAGCUUGUUUAACAUAGAUGAGCUCUAUAGUGUCUUCUACAGUGGAUGAUCAGACAGACCAAUCAAGGAUUAUUUAAUAUAUAUAUCAGAUAUGGCAGACAAUAGAGAAGAUGAUGAACUUAGUAUACCAAGAGCAGCGCUGAAUAAGAUGAUCAAAGAACUGAUACCAAACAUACGUGUCGCAAAUGAUGCAAGGGAGCUAAUCCUCAACUGUUGCACAGAAUUUAUCCACCUUGUGUCUUCCGAGGCAAAUGACAUUUGCAAUAAACAACAGAAAAAGACAAUAUCUCCAGAACAUGUAUUAGCAGCUCUAGACAGCUUGGGGUUUAGUGGAUACAAGGAGGAUGCUGUAGCUGUUCUAGAGGAGGCCAAAGCUGUAGCUGCCAAGAAACGUAAGGGAAGUUCUCGCUUAGAGAACCUGGGAAUCCCGGAGGAAGAAUUGUUACGUCAACAGCAAGAACUAUUUGCCAGGGCACGACAGGAACAAGCUCAGCUGGAACAACAGCAGUGGAUACAGAUGCAGCAAGCUUUACAGCAGCAGCAACUGCAGCAACAACAACAACAAAACGACGGUGAUGAUGACUACUCAUAGCAAUAACUACAACACAAUAAUGGAGACUGAAAAAUGACAACAUUAUGAUGUCCUGAACAAA